AUGGCCAUCGCUGAAAAUGUCGAGGGGCUACUAACCACAAGGCCGUUGAGCGUCGUGGAGAAUUUCUUCAGGUCGAGGACGGCUUCUGGUUGUUAUCGCAGUUUCCAAGUAACAGCCACUUACAAUCGCAGUUUGAAACUGGACUUGCGGUUGUUUUACUUGGCGUUAAAGAAGACGCUUUUGGAUUACCCGAUUCUUUUGACCAACGUGCAAUUUGACGAGGAUGGAAGCUGCUAUGUGUACAAACUCCUCGACAAAAUGGAAUUGGGCGGUGUGCUUGAAAUUGUUGAGCCAGCAGGCUACAUAGACAAUGGUGUCGUUAACGAAAAGUUUUUCAAAAAGAUUAAUGAGCUCACUUUUGCCCUCUACGUUGCAAAGCCAUUGUUCAAAUUGACCCUUGUUGGAGAUUUUGAUUUGUCAGCCGCAUUUGAGCAUACCAUCGCAGACGGGGUGGUUGGCAACUACUUUCACGAGGUGUUUCUUGAAAAUCUUGCCCUUUUUGAUAGCGACGCCAAGUCAGAUUUGUUUAAGGAGUAUGGAAUCACCCCAGAGUCGCUAGAAUCGCUCGAUCCAAACACACCGCUAUUCAACAUCCAUACAGACGCAAAGUUUAUCAAAAACUCACUUCCACCGCCAGUGGACUUGUUUCUCGAAGACAUGGACUUGGACUAUACCUGUGGAGAUGACUGCUUUUUCGAGAAAGUGAUACCGCCAAACUUUCCGACGAAAUGGAAGGGCAGGUUCAACGCUUUAGACACCCAUGAAAUUGCUUUUAAAUUGAUGAAUUUCACAACCGAGGAAACAAAGGCCAUUUUGCAAAAAUGCAGAGACAAAAAGGUGACUCUUACGCCCUACCUUGAAAUCAUCCAAGCACUUACAUUGCAACCAAUCUUUGGCGACACGGAGCACACCACGCAUAGGUUUGCAAUGGCAAUGAGGAGGCAUUUCACCCCGGAAAAGGCACCACCAGUGUACAGGAAGAUGUUGAGUGAUCCCAAAUACAAGAUAUUGGGAACCUCGGCCCACAUGGGCUUUAAGGAGAACUUGCCUCCAAUUACUGAAUUUUCAUGGGAACUAGUUGAGAAAAUCAAUCGGCAUUUGUUACAAGGGAUCAGCAACACCAGAGCGCUUAACCAAAUGAAGGGGUUUAAAGAUUCAGCCGAUUUAACCCAUUGCUCAAAUGCUCGAUUUUUCGAUCAAAAUUUGGGCUUCCCGAAAGCUGACGCCGUCAAGAUUUCGAAUUUGGGGUUGGUGAAGUUGCCAGAGUAUGAUUGCGGUCUGCACACGUGGACGAUUACCAAUAUGAUUUUCUCACAAGAUAUGGCCCCCUAUGCAUCGGAGUUUAUGUUGAGCGCAAUCACUACCCCGAUUGGAGGGUUGAAUUUGCUCCUCAGCUAUUACGAUUUCUCAUUUGAGGACACGGAGUAUGAGAAUUUCGACCAUUUUAUUGAAAUGUUUAAGAAGAACAUGAUCAACUAUUCGCAAACCUGA